AGAAACUUCCAACAGUGUGACAGAGAUCAGUGCUUCUAAUUGGUCAGCAUUGAUGCAGUCUGUAAAUGGAAGAGGAACUUUAUAAUGGUUUUUAUCCGAACAGGCAAAUUUAUUACUCGACUGCAUAUCCCUACAGAAGUCCGUUCGCGUUGAAUCGCCCGUAUUUGGAAGAUGACUACACCGACUACUAUCGAGAUUAUUUAACCAAGACAAAUAGCAAUUUUGCGAUCAGGGACUAUGAACGCAAAAUUCGAGUUUUUGAUUCUUCUAUUUAUUAUAUUCGUGUACUCUCUUAUGCUCAAAUUUUUUUAGCCGGUAUUCUCCUGGUGACUGAUGUUUCCAAAAACGUACUUCUUUGGAAUUACAUACAAAUGAAUGGCGUCAAAAUUGAAAUGCUCGCUCAUGUCAUAUUUCCCAUAUUUGCUCUGAUCGUCGGUUUUAUAUGUCUGACAGCUAUUCUCAAUCCAUCAAAGGCAUUGUCUAAAUGUGUUGCCAUUCUGCUGCUUGUCAUUAUUGUGCCAAAUUUUAUAUUCCCAAAAUAUUCAGUUUUUAUGAAAACAGCAAUAGAAUCAGUGGAAAUAAGUCAAGUAAUGGAUCGAAGUCUUUUUGGAAAUGAUAUUGAUAUGAUAAAAUCAGAAACUCAUAAUCGAAUGUCAAAGAUUUUAAUGUUAUCAACAAAUCAUUGGCCAUUGGGAGUAUCUGAUUUAACAAGUCUUCCAACUGAUUUUGUUCUUAUGAUGCAGUAUCUACUUAUUGCAUAUUCUGUAUUUUCAUUAUCCCUUUUUAUUUUUUAUGUCAUUACUUUGUUUUGUUUUGUUCGUUUACUAUCUGUUCAAUGAACAUAUAUUUUUCAUACAAUU